UAGAAUUUGCUCCUUCCAAUUCUGAAGACCGGACCGAGCAAACCCAGCGGAGCCAAAGGUCCGUCCCAAAAGCGCGAUUUUUAUCCAUCUUCCUCUUCCUUUCCAUCCAACAACAGUUGUUUCGUCGACGACGCCUCCGUCCUCUCAACGGAUUCGUGGCCAGGUCCCUGACUUCGUCCCCCUUCGAUCCAUAGGGCGGGAACAAUGUUCGAAUUGGCCGGAACCAGCGGGAGUUUUUGAGAAACGGAGGGGAUUUUCGAGAGGUCUUUUGGCUGAUGGGAGCCAGCGCAAACCCGUCGGGGAACCCGGAUGGAGCCAACGGCGGUCCCUUAUCUGGAGGCGGCGGUGGCGGAGGUGGUGGCGCGUCGGUUCCCGGAAACCCUAGCAAUGGCACCAUGGCGGCGGGGGCGGCAGUAGCAGGGCCCGCGCAGGCGCUGAAGCAUGACCCGGGGCUGUCGAUUGAGUGGUCCUCGGAGGAGCAGGCCAUCUUGGAAGAAGGGCUUAGCAAAUAUGCAUCUGAAUCAAUCAUAGUGCGUUAUGCAAAAAUUGCCACUCAGUUACGGGACAAGACAGUCCGUGAUGUGGCCUUGCGGUGCAGAUGGCUGACGAAAAAGGAGAACAGUAAGAGAAGGAAAGAGGAUCAUAACUUGACAAGGAAAAGUAAAGAUAAGAAGGAGAGAGUUACAGAAACUUCUGCUAAAUCAUCAGCGCACCUUGGGACACGACCUAAUGUUCUUCUGUAUACUCCGCCAAUGCUUCCUGUGGAUGAUGAUGAUAUUUCAUAUACAGCAAUUGGUGGUCAAACAGGAGAGCUUCUUGAGAAUAAUGCAGAGACCUUCACUAAAAUAUCGGCAAACUUCGCUAACUUAAGGAUGCAGGAUAACAUCAAUUUAUUUUGCCAAACGCGGGACAACAUACUUGCAAUCUUGAAAGAUUUGAAUGAUAUGCCUGAAAUAAUGAAGCAGAUGCCACCACUUCCGGUGAAGUUAAAUGAAGAGCUUGCCAACUCAAUCCUGCCGAGGACAACCAUGCCAAUGUAGAUCUGACAGGUGGAUGAUCUAUAUUUGCUCCCAUGUUAGACGCAGGCAAGGAAUGACCAACUUGAUCUGUUACAGUACCUACUUGUAACUCUAUGUAGUUUCCCGUUUGUUGCAACCUGUGCAGUAUUUAGGAUAAUGCAUCAGAAAACACAGAUGCUAGUCUUUUUUGUAAGAAAUGAUAAUUCGUUAGACUAACAGAAAGCUAAUAAGUAGCAAUAAUUCCAUA